AUGGAUGCUGAUUCAGCUGUGAAAGUUGAAAGGAAAGGCUUGAUAUUGGAGUUCAGGGUCCUGGUGGAGUCAUGUGCUGCUCCCUACUACCAGCCUCCAGGGCUGUCCGGCCACAGCAUGGGGCCCCGGGGCUGGAGGCGACGAGCUCUGGCGGCCGCAUGUCUGGGCUUCGCGCUCCUCCUACUCCUGGGCGCCCUGCCCUGCGCCCUGCGCUCAGGUUGCCCCCCAACACAGCAUGCGCAGUGCCCCAAAGUCUGUCACCUGAUUCUCCUGCAGUUCAUCCAGUGCCAGCUGGGACUUAUUAACCAGCUGCAUGUGGCCCUAUAUGCUCUUGCUUUUCUCUGGGGCACCUCCUUCUACCUCCUCUUCCCCUUCUCUGGACUCCUGCCCCUCCUCCAUGCUGGACGAAGGGCCCUUUCUGUGUGGUGGCAGGGCGGGGUGACCAGCCCUGUAAUCAGUGGCCACAGCUAUUCUGGGCCUGUCACGGCCCCCUUUCCGCCUGUGGAUCUGGGAGUCAUUUUCCUGCAGGCUGGCCAGGAAAUGGGGGCCCCCUCCUAUGGGCUGGUGUUUCUGGAAGUAUCAGAGAGCAAGUUGCUGGGCUCAGGCUGGUUGAGCAGGAAGACAAGGACCCCCCUGCAGAGGCUCUACGACCUGGACCAGGGCCCACCCUCUGCCCUGGCUGAUGUGCACCGGAUGCGACGCAACCUGCUUCAGCAGGCCUGUCAACGCCACACACGACGCCAGCAGCUGCUGCAACCAUCGGACCUGAGCCACGUGCUGGUGGAUGACACGCAUGGCCUGCUCUACUGUUACGUGCCCAAGGUGGCCUGCACCAACUGGAAGCGGGUGCUGCUGGCACUCAACCAAGGCCUCCAGGACCCAGGCGCCAUUCCCGCGCAUGAGGCGCAUGCCCGAGGCCGCCUGCCCUCGCUGGCCGACUUCCGGCCUAGCGAGAUCAAUCUGCGCCUGCGCACUUACCUGGCCUUCCUGUUCGUCCGGGAACCCUUCGAGCGCCUGGCUUCCGCCUUCCGCAACAAGUUCUCGCGACCCUUCAGCAACGACUUCCGGCAGCGCUACGGCACGCGCAUCAUCCGGCGCAUGCGCCCUCUCGCGCAGCCCGAGGCGCUGGCUCGAGGCCACGACGUGCGCUUCUCAGAGUUCCUAACCUACCUGCUCGACCCGCGCACGCGCCGUGAGGAGCCGUUCAACGAGCACUGGGAGCGCGCGCAUGCGCUCUGCCACCCUUGCCGCCUGAGGUAUCACGUGAUAGGCAAAUUUGAGACAUUGCAGGAAGAUGCUGCCUUCGUGCUGGGCCUCACAGGAGUCUCCUCAGCCCUGCGCUUCCCGAAUCCGCCGCCAUCGCAGCCCCAAGGCCCCUCUGGGCAGGAUCGAGCCAUGCGUCUGUUCCAGGACAUCAGCCCCUUUUACCAGAGGCGCCUUUACGAGCUCUACAAGAUGGACUUCCUGCUCUUCAACUACUCAGUGCCUUCCUACCUGAGGCUGAGCUAGGAAAUGUAGGCUUCCAUAGUGGUCUUACUCCAGAGAUGCACGGUGGUUC